AUGGCGAAAUCGCGUGAUAAAUCAAUCACGGCACCGACGACGAAUAGACUUGGGGAAAUGGAGCCGCCUGACUCGAUAUACGCUCAGGCGUCGUCGGACGCCUCGACGACACCGUGGUGGCAGCGCAAUUUGAUAAUGCGCGGCGACAAGGUGCUGUUCGGCACGUGGGACGGCGUGUUCGCCACCGUCAUGGUCAACAUUUUCGGCAUCAUCGUGUUUCUGCGACUCGGCUGGAUCGUCGGAACCGCCGGCGUCGCCAACGCGAUCCUAUUGCUGGCGAUUUGCACGUCGCUCGCGUUGAUCACCGUGUUCUCGGCGAUCGGCAUCGUCGAGCGUUGCCAAAUCAAAUCCGGCGGCAUUUUCUUUUUGGUGUCGCACGUGCUCGGCCAUCGCAUCGGCGGCGCCGUCGGCCUCAUCUACACGUUCGGGCAGGCGGUGGCGACGGGAUUGGUCGCCGUCGGCUUCGGCGAGUCGGUCGCGUUGCUGUUCGGCUCCGAGAGUCGCGGUGUCGUCAAAAUCAUCGCCGUCGUCACGCUGCUCCUCCUCACCGCCGUCAACACCGCCGGCGUCACGUGGGUCGUUCGCCUUCAGAUUGUGCUGUUGCUCACGAUUGCGAUGGCCGUCACCGACUUCCUACUCGGCGCAUUGUUCACCAGCGAGCCAGAAUCGGGCGUGUUUCGCUUCUCGUCGGCGCGAAUUCGCGUCAACGCCCAACCGCACUAUGAAGCCGUCAAUUGCACGACGAUCGGCAUUCCGCGACAGAUUCCCGCGCAGAGCUUCUUCACCGUGUUCGGCGUGUUCUUCGCCAACUUUCUCGGCGUUCUCGCCGGCGUCAACAUGAGCGGCGAUCUUCGCGAUCCGCACAAGAGCAUACCGCUCGGCGAGCUGUCGGCGGUCGGCGUCAGCUCGUCGAUAUGCUUCGUGUUCAUCAUGAUACUCGGCGGCGUCGGCGAUCGAAUGUCGCUUCUGUGCGAUUCGAUGUUCUCCGAGAAGGUCGCGUUGACCGGCGUCGUGUUCCUCGUCGGCCUCUACGUGUGCUCGCUCUCAUCGACCGUCGGCUCGCUGUUGGGAACGCCGCGAGUGCUGCAGGGCAUCGCCGCCGAGGGCAUCGUGCCGGCGCUCAACGCGCUCGCCCAAGGCGUCGGUCCCAAUGACAAUCCGGUGCUCGCCGGCUAUUUGCUCAUGGGCGUCGCCUCGUUGUUCGCCGUCCUCGGCGACCUCAAUCAGCUCGCCAUCCUCUCGACAAUGCCAUUUCUCAUCACCUACGCCUACGUGAAUUACGCGUACGUCUCGUUGGCGAUGAGCUACGAUUUGGCCACUGUGCAACAGGCAUCAGAAGUCGAAGUUGCCGGCUAUGGGUCAACAUCGAAGCAGGACGAUUUGAACGAGCUUUUCCCCGAGCGACGCGAGAUUCACGUGACAACCACUAUCGAUAAUGAUAGCGGAAUUAUUGGGCAAGAAGCAACUUGGUAUUCGAUGUUCAGCAAUCGGUACAUCUCGUUUGUUGGUUUUCUUGUCAACCUUGCGAUCAUAUUGCUCAUCGAUUGGUGGUUCGCCGUUGCUCAUUUCGCCGCGUUCAUCGCCUUGUACAUUUACAUUGGAAGAGCUUGUCCGACUUGCGGCCCCGGCAUCUCGACGUUCUCCAUACAGCUCAUGUUCAAGACCGCUUUCAGCUCGAUUGAUGCUUUGAGAUUCGGAUCGACGACUGUGCUGCCAACGGUCGGCGUUUCGGAUCAGUUGGCUACUGCACAAAUCAACGAGGCCAAUCAGGAUUAUCAAGACCGAAAGCAAUAUCAUCAUUCUGAAGAGCAUACCCACGAAUUGGAUUAA